CGGCGGUAACCUCAGUCUCUGGGAACUUUCUGAACACAAACACACUUCUUUAAUCCACAGUUAGGCAAGAAUUCGUUUACACGUACGUGUUCAACAAAACGAGGUGAUCUGGAGAGACCAGAAAUGAGUGGAAUGCUACCUUAAAAAGCCAAAAGUCUAUUUUAACUUUUGUUUGAUACCAUUUAAAUGAAGAAAGAGAAAAAAAAUCCCAAAAUUUCAGCUGAUGACUGUCCCGUUCAGACACUGGUAAAGAUGUCACUCAAUCUAAGUCGACCGUCCUCAUCAGAGCUGGUGGAACUUCAUGUUUUUUAUGUCCCUGAAGGAUCAUGGAACUAUAAGUUAAAUACCAUUUCAAUACAAGUUGUUAACAAAUUCAUUUCAGCUGGAUUUAUAAGAGUAUCUCCUCACCUUACUUUACAAGCCCUGAGGGAACGUCUUGGUGAGUUCCUUGGUGAAGAUGCUGUUGCAGAAAAAUUUUUAUUUCUGAAAUGCAUUGGAAAUAAUUUAGCUGUGGUAAAGGAAAAACAAGAAUCAGAACUGAAACUCAAAUCUUUUGCUCCUCCAUAUGCUCUUCAACCAGAAUUAUAUUUGCUUCCUGUAAUGGACCAUUUAGGAAAUGUAUAUUCAGCGUCAACAGUUACUUUAGAUGGGCAGCAGAGUUAUAAUGAUGUUGCUGAGGUUGAUGGAACAGUUCACAGACCAGUUAGUGUAACUUUGUCAGAAGAAGAAUCUGGAAGAGACCCCAGUUUAUUAGAAAACAUUCUGAAAGAACUUCUUAACAAGAAUCAGCAAGAAGCCGUUCGAAAAGAAAGCCAGACUGCAAAAAAUCAAAUUGGAAAUUCUGAGUUGCCAGAAUCAUUGGAAGAUUCAGAUAAUGAUUAUUGUAGCAAUAAAAAAAGUCAGUUUAUUUGGAAAAAUGAAGAUGAUGCAGCUAUCAGAAGACAGGACAAUCAGACAGGUGAAAAAGAGUGUAUCACCCUACCAGAUCUUGCUGAUUUUCCUUCACUUCCUUGUCAUCCUGUUCUUUCUUCAGAAAUAACUGAUCCCUCUUUUUUACAGAUUGAGAGAGAGAAGAUUAUUGAGCAAAUGAAACAAAUAAAGGAAGAAAGAAGACAUCUGGAAAGAAUUCGAGAAGUACUAUUAAAAAAAGUUGAAAAGCUAUUUGAACAGAACAAAUUGAAGCGCUAUCAUGCCUGUGAUAGUUGGAAGAAAAAAUACCUUGAAACUAAGAAAGUUACAGCAUCAUUGGAGGAGGUCUUAACAAAACUUCGAGAAGAUUUGGAACUUUACUAUAAAAAAUUGAUGAUGCAACUUGAAGCCAGGGAGAUCAAGAUGAGACCAAAAAAUCUGGCAAACAUUACAGACUCUAAAAAUUACCUUAUAAUCCAGAUCACUGAGGUACAGCAUGCAAUUGACCAACUUAAGAGAAAAUUGGAUACUGACAAAAUGAAACUCAUAAUAGAAGUUAAGAUGAGAAAACAAGCAGUUUCAGAUUUACGAACAUUGAAAGCUGAAAUGGCACAAAAAAAAAUAAUCCAUCUUUACAAUCACAAUUAGGUAUGUUAAUUCAAAAUUAUUAUUUGUUAAAAAAUUUAAAUUUUUAUUUGAGAGGAUUUAUUUAUUGUUCUCUUUGGUAAUAUUCU